GAUAGAAACAUGCUUGAUACUGUCGUUGCUAAGACUUUCAAUGCAAUGUACAGUCUCUAGUUUCGAAAACAACGUAAUUAAGGUAAAUGGUGAUACUAAAACAAUAAGUGGCUGCAUUUCACCUGAGACCAUUCAAUUUAACGGCACAAUUUCCAAUAUAGAUGUAAAAAAUCAAGAUAUUCAAGAUUUAAAUUACGGUGCAGUUCAGCGAAUCUCAAGCAACUUUCGUAUCGACUUUUCCAAUACCAACAUCAGGAGUAUAAGAGCAGGAGCCUUUUUGGAUCUUCCCCAACUUGCUGGAAUAACAGUCGUGGGCAACGAACUCUUCUGGAUUAAUGAAAAUGCAUUUCAAGAUUUACCGUGGUUAAAUAGAGUGGACCUGAGCUACAAUAAGAUCACCGAUGUGUCGCCGCGUGCUUUUAAUAAUCUUCCAAACUUAUAUAAUGUGUCUUUUUACGGAAAUAGAUUGGGACAUUUUGACCAAUCUUGGUUUUAUAAAACGCCCGAUCUUGGAAUACUCAGUUUGGCAUAUAAUCGCUUGCGUAGGAUUCCACAAGAUGCUUUUACCCACCUGCCCGCUAUUAGGGCCCUAUGGCUUAAUAGUAAUGAAAUACAGUUCAUCGAAAAAUACGCCUUUAAGGGAUUAAGAGAUUUGGAAGAUUUGGAUUUGUCUAGAAACAAAUUAAAAAGCUUUGCCUUCAAUUUCUACGCCCCUUCGAGUUUGCAUAAGGUUUACAUUGAAAAUAAUAACAUAACGUACAUAUCUGAUGAAGUGCUGGACGUAAUACGAUCCGCAUUAAUGUUGCUCACCAUAGAUGAUAAUCCUUUGCAAUGUGCAUGCCUGGAUAAAGUAAUGGAAUGGAGUGACGCCUUUAAUAUAAGGGUUCCACAGAAGGAAUUGCAAGGUUCCAGUCCCAUUUGUACAGUUCCAAAGACAAAUCCAAACCAGUGUCUUGAAAGAAGUGAUGAUGAUUUCCAAAAGGGAUUCUGGGUUGGUUUUGAACGCGCGCGAUGAUCUGGAAGAUUUUAAUUAAGAAUACGUUUUUUGGAACUGUGUCACUACUUUUUGCUUGUGUUGAUAAUAAAAGAUCUCUCGCUGCCA